AUGAUAACUUUUCUUAUUUAUCUCCUUUUUUUAAAAUUUAACUUGGAUGGAGUUUUAUGUCAAAAUAUUUCAAAUAACUCUUUACUAACAACUAACAGUAUUUCAACAACAACAACAACAAUUAUAGCAACAACAACAACACAAUCAACCCCACAUAUAGCUUCUUCCCCUUUGCCACAACUUCAAUUAAAAAUUGGUUUGCUAGGAGCAAAUGCUAGUCAGUAUAGAUCUGCUUAUGGUUUUGGACAAAGUGUUCCAGCAAUUUCUAUUGCUAUACAAAGGGCUAGAAGUGAACAAUUAAUUGGUUUUGUUAAUUUUACAUUUACUUGGUUAAUUUGUGAUUGUGAUCAAAUACUUGCUGUUGGAUAUUCUAAUAAAUUAAUUCUUGAUCAGACUGUCGAUGUUAUUAUAGGACCUCCUUGUGUUACAUCGGCACUCGACGCGGCAUUGCCUCCAGGCUUCUAUAGUUUGCCUAUUUUCCUUUGGGGAGCAACAAUUGCAACAUCAUUAAACGAUAUUAGUAUAUACCCGACUGUAACAAAUAUUAAUACAAAUACGUUAUUUCUCGCGCAUGCGAUUGAGGCAAUAUUGUUACAAUUUCAAUGGUAUGAAGUGUCUCUAGUCUACAUUCCAGAUGAUAUUCGAAGAGUUGGUUAUUUUUUCCCACAAGAUUUUCAAACUGUUGUUAAUGCAAAUCCAAAUUUAACUAUUGUAUAUAAUCAACAAAUGGCUGCAACAAAUGCAAGCAUGCACAAUGCUCUUACUCAAAUAAAAAACCGAUCAAGAAUUGUAAUAGCCAAUAUAGAUAAUGUUUCAACGAGAAGAGAUUUUUUGUUAGCAAUAACUGAUACGGGAAUAUCUCAAAGUAAUGAAUAUGUAUUUAUAUUUGCACAGUUAAGAAGUCUUGGAAUGUUACAACAAAUAACUUCCAACUCAAAUAUAUCAAAAUUUGAUGAUUUUUGGAAAACACCAACCGGAGUUGAUGAUGGACGUGAUGGAGAUGCUUUGAAAGCAGCAAGAAGGACAAUUAUUGUUGACUUAGAAAAUCAGUCAAACUCUGAUAUUGAUGCAUUUAAUGCUAAAGUAGUUGCUGAAUUUGGAAAGCCUCCCUUUAAUUGUGUAAAUGAAUGUAUGGGUGGACCUAAUGACCAAAUUCCUGCUUCAUAUGCUCGAAGUUUACACGAUACAACAUAUGCUUAUUUAAGGGCAUUAAAUAAAACAACAGAAAAGUUUGGUUAUUUAACAAAAGAUUUGGCAAGAAAUGGAUCUUUAAUUAAUAAUAUGAGUAAAGGGGAAUUUCAAGGUACAGUGGGUUAUAGUAUUGUUGCGCCCCGAACGCUCGGGGGCGGUCCGGGGUUUUCGAAUUGUUUCGGGGCAGGGUGUGGGGUCGGGGAGCAAAGUAUAGUCGGGGAACGGGGUUCUUAGAAUUUUUUAGAGAAAGGAUGGUCGAAAAUAAUUCGCUUUUGGGCUAUUU